AUGCCUACCUGUGGAGGUGCUGCCGGCUCAGAUGGAGGAGCAGACAGGCUGGAGGGGACCCAGAACUUGACGGAUGAGAGCUCCAGGGACUUCCUAAAGCUGAAGUUUGAGACGCAGGCCCGCGAGAUGGUGGAGAAGGACCGGCUGCUGCGGGAGCUGGACACGAACCAGGACCGACUGAGGGAGGCCAGAGACAGCCACGGGAGGGAGCCACCAGGAUCCAGAGGACCCAGUAGCGUGGCCCAGCCUGACACCCAGCACGUCCAAAGGGAAGAGCUCCGGGACCGGUCUGACAAGAUGGCAAAGCGUCUUCAGAUGAUGACCCAGCGGUACGAGGCCCUGAAGAAGAGGGCGGCCAUGGAGGUGGAGCGCUUCAAGAGCGACAUCAAACAUCUCAAACAGAAACUCAAAGACGUGGAGAAACAGCUCUUCAAGGUGCAGUGGAACAAUUAUCUUUCAGCCUCAGAGCAGCAUGACUGGUUCUGAUUCUGGAUAGCUGUAUAACGUCUGUCGUGGGUGGAAGAAGAGGAGGACCAAUGCGCAGCGUGGUAAGUGUCCAUAUUCUUUAAUGAAGUAAUUGAACACUGAAACAAUAAAUAAAACAACAAAACGAACAGUCC